AUGGGCUUCAACUUGCUUAAAGACGGCAAAUCGCCAUCCUCCGAAACCCUUCUUCCCGUCGACGCCCGGGAGAAGACUGCUGCCGGGAUUCAGCCAACAACAAUCGACCACCAGCAACACCCAGAUUCCACCAGAAAGAUGACAAACGCUCGCCGGACCACCAUGAUCAUGCUGGUGUGCAUGCUGGCGUUCCUGGGAGUUGCCUCGACACGGAUGCCCUGCCACGGGAGAGCAACCAACCACAAGGCAUUGGAGGCUGUCCGCCGGAGUGAUGCGCCUCUUGGGGGUUCCAUCUUGCAACUCGUAAAGCGCGAUGACAACUCGACCUCUGAGGGGCCCAGCUCAACCCCGCCGGACUCGGAGACCGGGACAGAGACGGAGACGGAAACUGAAACGGAGGCGCCGACUUCCGAUUCUUCGACCGAGACCCCCCCGCCUUCGACGACCAACGUCCCUCCCACCAGCACCCCUACGAGUGUCAGGCCUUCGAGCAGUAGCAGCGCGCCGCCUCCCACCUCGAAUACCCCGAGCUCGACCCCGACUCCCACUCCUUCCUCUUCACUACCUGAGACGACCUUGACAACUUCGACCAAGCCGCCUGCGUCGACGACUUCGCCACGGCCCACGUCUCGCCAGACUACCGAGACCAUCACGUCGACAUCGCCCAACGGAGCGGUUGUCAUCGUGACCAGGACGAACUAUGUGCCUGCCGGCGACGAGACGCCUGCGCCUACUUCGACGGGUUCGACGCCAAGCCUCCAGAACGCGGCCGUUGGCCACCGCAGCGGUACUUCCACCGUGGCCGGCAUCGUCGGGUUCGCCAUGCUGCUGUUGAUGAUUUAG